GGAGGAGGAGUUACCUAAUUGUGUUUUCCUUUCCUCUUUUUCGUUUCUCUCUAUCAUCGCUUCACCAAACCUUGUCCUCCUCUCCUCCUUCGCAGCACAUCGGAUCAAUUUCAGGUUUGUUUGAUUGCAAAAUUCGAAACCAGGGAAUGCAGAAACAUGUAUUUGAAAGCUGAACACAAGUGCUCUACAACACCCUUGGACAUCCCUCGUCCCUUUGGGCCCUUGUCCUCCUCGCUCGUCCCCCAUGACACCCGCUCUCUAAACCGCCGCACCACCACCCUUCAUCUUCACCCCUGUUUCCACACCUUCCAGCCCUCCUCUUCUCAGAAUGCUAGAAAAAACGCCACUUGGAAGCAUGAUCUCUGCGAAGACGGUUGAUCGUCUUCUCGCCUCCUGAGUUCAUCAAUCUCUCUUACAUUUCUUUAUAUAUAUGUUGUCAGCAUUUUUUUAGUAUAUUUCUAGGGGUUCUUUUAAAAAAAAAAAAAUAGAGUCGAGUCGUGCUCUUCUAAGCUAAUCAGUGAGCGAGUCAAUGGAGAAGAAAGGGUCUGUCCUCAUGCUCCGUUACGAGGUCGGCAAGUUUCUUGGUCAGGGUACCUUUGCUAAGGUGUACCAUGCCAGGAAUCUGAAAUCUGGUGAUAGUGUUGCUAUCAAAGUCAUCGACAAAGAAAGAAUCCUCAAAGUUGGUAUGACCGAGCAGAUUAAGCGCGAGAUCUCUGUCAUGAGACUCUUGACGCAUCCAAACAUCGUCGAGCUCCACGAAGUCAUGGCCACUAAAUCUAAAAUCUACUUCGUCAUGGAGCACGUUAAGGGGGGUGAGCUCUUCAACAAAGUUUCUACUGGGAAGCUUAGUGAGGACGUUGCGAGAAACUACUUUCAACAACUCGUACGCGCCGUCGACUACUGUCACAGCCGCGGAGUAUGCCACAGGGACUUGAAGCCUGAGAAUCUCUUGUUGGAUGAGGAAGGGAAUCUUAAGGUCUCUGAUUUUGGUCUCAGCGCUCUUGCCGACUCCAGAAGGCAAGAUGGGCUGCUGCACACCACGUGCGGGACCCCUGCAUAUGUUGCGCCAGAGGUGAUUAGCAGGAACGGGUAUGAUGGGUUUAAAGCCGAUGUCUGGUCCUGCGGUGUGAUUUUGUUCGUCUUGCUCGCCGGUUACCUCCCUUUCCGUGAUUCCAAUCUGAUGGAGCUGUAUAAGAAGAUUGGCAAAGCCGAGGUCAAGUUCCCCAACUGGUUUGCUCCUGGGGCAAAGAGAUUGCUGAAGAGGAUCUUGGAUCCUAACCCGAACACGAGGAUAUCAACUGAGAAGAUUAUGAAGAGCUCUUGGUUCCGCAAAGGCCUGCUGCAAGAGUCGAAGAAAGGGGCGGUUGAUGAAGAAGAAGAGACAGAAGUGGACGCGGAGGCAGAGGCAGAGGCAAGUGUGGAGAAGGAAAAGAAGCGGUGUAUCAACCUGAACGCGUUUGAGAUAAUAUCGCUGUCGACGGGGUUUGAUCUGUCGGGGCUGUUCGAGAAGGGAGAGGAGAAGGAGGAGAUGAGGUUCACAACAAACAGAGAGGCGUCAGAGAUAACAGAGAAGCUGGUGGAGGUAGGGAAGGAGCUAAAGAUGAAAGUGAGGACCAAGGAACAAGGAUGGAGGGUGAAGAUGGCGGCAGAGGCUGUGGUGGUGGAAGCGGAGGUGUUUGAGAUAGCGCCAAGCUAUCACAUGGUGGUGCUGAAGAAGAACGGGGGAGAUACAGAGGAGUAUAAGAGAGUCAUGAAGGAGAGUAUAAGGCCGGCUUUGAUCGACAUUGUAUUGGCUUGGCACUGAAGCAUAUACAAAUUCUUUCUAUGGAGUAUUCUUGAUUGUUUUAACCCCAAGUGUUUAGUGUUUUUUAUGUAUCUGAGGUCUUUGUUUUCUUGUCUUGGAGGUGUGUUGAGUGUAACAAUAAUGAUGAUGAACUCAUGAAUUAUAAGAGGAGGAACUGUUAUCUUAUGUCA